AUGAUAUCCAUCGUUGUGGUUUGUGAAGAUGGGACAUAUGGUACAAACUGCAGUGAAGUUUGUCAAGGAGGUUACUUUGGGCGUUUGUGUAAAUCAGAAUGUCCCACAUCUUGCAUGUUUACUUGUAAUAAAGUAACAGGAAAUUGUAACCAUCAAGCACCUGCUGAAACUAAGCAAAGAAAUUCAGAACAAGAAUCUGUAAGACAAGGAAAAUACACUCCACGUCGAUCACAGAAAAUUCUGAAAAGAAACGAAGUUUCACUAAUGUUCAGAGAUGAAGAUUCUGGUAGAAACAAGAACCUCAAACAAUUAAUAGAAAUCAGUACUGAUAUUAAAGAAUGCACACUAAAUAGUAUUCCAGAUGACAGAAAUGAAGUACAUAUUGGAAAUACACAUCUUAGCGAUAGGAAACACAAAUAUUGGUACAGCUUAGCAAAGAAAUUCGAAAUAACAGAUGAAAUUGAUAUUAGUCAGGAAUUUUCGGAUGAUGAGGAUGUCUUUGAUAGUGACAAUGAUGUUGAAUAUGACAGCAUGAGUGUUGAAUAG